CUCUUCCUAUUGGCUGAGAAGGGUCAUGCGGAUGAACUGUGCAGUCACCUGGCAGGAACCGGAACCCGCGUUUAUAAAGUAAAGGAAACCGAGAUCUGCGCAGGGCUACCCUUUGCCCAUUCGUCUCCCCUCACCCUUUAAACCUAAACUCGGUCCUGCUGCUCACCGACCUAGCAUUACUCUCGCCAUGGCUCUCAGCGAUGCUGACGUGCAGAAGCAGGCAGAAGAAGAGUUCAACAUAGAGAAAGGUCGGCUUGUGCAAACCCAAAGACUAAAGAUCAUGGAAUAUUAUGAGAAGAAAGAGAAACAGAUUGAGCAGCAGAAGAAAAUUCAGAUGUCCAAUUUGAUGAAUCAAGCGAGACUCAAAGUCCUCAGAGCGAGAGAUGACCUUAUCACAGACCUACUAAAUGAAGCAAAACAGAGACUCAGCAAGGUGGUAAAGGAUACAACCAGGUACCAAGUGCUGCUGGAUGGACUGGUUCUCCAGGGUUUGUACCAGUUGCUGGAGCCUCGAAUGAUUGUUCGUUGCAGGAAACAAGAUUUCCCUCUGGUAAAGGCUGCAGUGCAGAAGGCAAUCCCUAUGUACAAAAUUGCCACCAAAAAUGAUGUUGAUGUCCAAAUUGACCAGGAGUCCUACCUGCCUGAAGACAUAGCUGGUGGAGUUGAGAUCUAUAAUGGGGAUCGUAAAAUAAAGGUUUCCAACACCCUGGAAAGCCGGCUGGAUCUCAUAGCGCAGCAGAUGAUGCCAGAGGUCCGGGGAGCCUUGUUUGGUGCAAAUGCCAACAGGAAGUUUUUGGACUGAGCCUUCGGGAGGUGGAGCUCAUCCUCAGCUCUCCCGCUGUGAUGUGGAAGCUUCUGAUAUUUGAAGAAACACGAAUGUCUCUGUAGCUUCCUCUUUACUGCCCCAGUAUUGCUCUGUAUUUAUCAGUGAUGCCCCUCCUGUCACUCAUGCCUUGCCUAAUUGUUCACAGUGGUGGAAAGCUUCAUGUAAUAUGAUCAGGACCCACCUCCAGUUCAUCUGAAAGUAACACAGUGUCCAGUUGGUUCUCCAGCACCAGGGGAGGGGGCGGAUGGUGGUCGCGUGGGCUUCCUGGGUCUCCACUCUCCGUCUGGCCUAGAGGUGAUGUUUGGUGUUUGGCCCUGCAGUCCCCACUCUUGAGGCUUAGGGUGCCUGUGGCGCACCACUUCUUCCAGCAGUAGUCGCUUGACUGUUACUGUUUAGGCCUAGAAGUUUUCCCUCAUCUGUAAAUGUGAUUUAAAAUCUAAGCCAUGAAUAUGCUUUAUUUAUUAAAAGAGUUACAUGGAUUUAA